AUGGAACAACGAAAGAGAAAGGGAAGAGGACAGAAAGAGAGCAAGGGGAAGAGAAAGAGGAAGAGCAGAAAAGAGGAAAAAGCAGGCUCAAGGCCUUCAGCGGACCAGCACAUGGCUGCCGGAGGAAAGUGGAAGGAGUUCAUCAGACCAGUCAUGGACUGCUGGAUAUGGAAGGGAUGCAUGAUUGGGUCUUUUCUCGGACAGCCAAGAAUGGCUCCGGCGUCAACGGGCUACCUUGCUGCUCAACCAGUGCUGGCAGCAGCGUCAAAGAGCUCAGCAUACGGUAGAACACAGCACAGAGGUGAUGCUGAUGGCGAGAGCGAGAAGAUCGGUGUUGUGGUCGACGAAGAGGAUGCUGUGAGGAAUGAAGUAGCAGCUCGGUGGAAGAUUGCCCUUCCUGCGCGCUCGCUACAAAGAUACCGAACGGUGCUCUUCGAAGGCGUCGACUCGUGGGACAAGCUACUAUUGAGCGUUGAGAUGGACAGCUUGCCAAAGCAGGCAUCACGCCAUACCACCUUUUGCCAGCCAAAAACCGAUUCGACUCGCUCAGCUGGACAUCAGAAUCCUCCACUUCCCGUCAGAAUGGUGAACAACAGUAUAUGGAGCUUAUACACGCUGCUCGAGGUCGUUGUUGAGGUCAGAACGACAGAAGUCACCUCCGCUGGCGUCGUCAGAUUGCGCCCGACGCCGAGAGCCUUUGGCGUCAUCGACAAAGCAGGAAUCUGCCCAACUUUGAAACAGCCAAACAACGUCGACAACUUGCGACAUGAAAGCAUUCGAUACUGUUCGAAGAAGAAUCUGUCAAGGAACUCACGUCUAGGAAAUCCAUCGCGGUUCAGCAUGUCGCACAUGCACGUCCAAGCACCUCGCCAAGUCAAGCUGUGA